AUGCACGGCCAUUCCGGCGGCCAGCACACGCCGCCCGACGCGGCCAGUGCACCUACAGGGAUGCACAGCGUACGCGAGCAUUUAAAGCGGACGUCUCCUGAUACUCCGUUGCCAAAGAAGCGCAUUAAAAAAGCGCAAAGCUGUGAUCCGUGCCGUAGGAGAAAGCUUAAAUGCGAUCGGGGCUACCCAUGCGGGGCGUGCCGUGAUCGAAAAGAGCAGCACCUGUGUGCAUGGGAGGAUGGCGUGGUCCCAAAGCACAUUGGGCGCGACGCCAGCGAUUCUCCUGCAGUUCUUAAACGGCUCGAGGCCAUGGAGACGCGGAUGGACAAACUGUUGGACAAGGUCGAGUCUUUUCAUCAGCGUCUUAGCGCGCCCCGCCCACUCACAAAUACGAGCAAUUCCGAGGCGCUUGACGUGGGCGGACUGUUUGGUCUUUCGUGGUCCCCCAUGUCCAGCGCGCGAAAGCGGCGAGCGUUGACGCACAUGCACACACACCUCCCCGACAAAGAGACGAUGCUGGACUUGCUGGACAUGUAUAUAAAAGAGAUUUACUGGAUGCAACAGAUUUUCUCGUACGCUUCGGUCCUGCAGUGCAUCGAGCGUACAGCUGGCUUGAGCGACCUGUGCGACGGUUCAAACUACCUGGACAAGCUCCGCGACGACGAAGUGGACCGCCUUAUUUACGAUGAAGCGCUUCUUUUUUGCACGUUCGGCAUUGCGCUUGUGUUUACACACGAUGUCAAGCUUGACCGCAUAGAUUUAGCGUAUCCAGCCGCGCCAUUGUACGGCCGCUACUUUGACCAGGCCGUGCUAGGCCUCUCGACAUUGAACGUGUUUGAGGAGCCAGAUAUGAGCUUUGUCAUUUGUGGAAUGCUACUUAGUGUAGGCAUGACGACCGCUCGUGCACCUAUCAUUGCUUCGGUGCUACUUACACAGGCGAUCCAAGUCGCGUACAUGCUCGAUUUGGACGUCGAACCCCCGCCAUGCAUGCCAGAAUUCGAGGCGCGCAUCCGUGUACAGCUCUUCUCGACGCUCACAGCGUUUGACUGGUUCCUCACCUCGACCACCAAACGCUACCCCUUGAUCCAAAAAAAACCCGAGCGGAUUCCGUCCGUGUUUGGGACCGAGGAGCAGCGCUCAAAAUACCAAAACAACUACCACCGGUCGAAGCUCGCGAUUGCCGAGCUGUACUGCAAGUCGUCGCCUUUGGUCAUGCCGGUGGACGUCUCGUACGAGUACACAUGCCAGUUGCAUUACGAGAUAUCCAAAGUGGAAGGCUACAACGAAGGCUUGUGGGACUAUACGGGCGAGUACGAGCACGAAGUCCCGAAGCGGACGCGCGACUUGCACCGAAUGAUGUCGAGCGGCGCGCUCAAUUUUCUCGUGAUCCGCGUCCAUCUUCCUUACUACAUGCGCGGCUGGGAAGACUCGACCUACCGACUUUCGCGCGACGCAUGCUUUUCCAGUGCCCGCAACCUUUUGCGCAUCUUCCGCGCCGCAUUCUCGUGGAAGUGCAAGUUCGAGGAUAUCCCAGGGCGUGCCUACAGCGGCCAACUGCCUGCACAGAUUUCCUUUGCGGGGCGUACAUGGUGGUUCUGCAGCUGGUGUACCGCCGGUGCACUCUUGCUCUUGAAGCAUCUCACCGUCAUGACCGAGUAUAACCAAUCCCCGAAUUGGGAUCCGGAGCGCGAGAGUAUCAUCCAGGAUCUGUGUAUUAUGAGCCGCUUGCUUCACUAUCUCUCGCCCGUCAAUGUGAUAGCACGCGAAGGAUACGACGCGAUGCAGCGCGUUGCAGGCCACUUGCUCGGCAAGAACUUUGGCGCGUCGGACCACUCGGGGAAUUGCGUCGCGCACUGGGCCGAGCGCAUUGUGCAGGAAAAGUCGAAAGCGAGUACCGAAGGAAAGGAUAUGCCGUGUUUUGCGACCGAGCCUUUGUGCCUCUUGUCCAGCAUGAUCAACAACACCAACAGUGUCGGUAAGAAUGGGUCGUAUCCAGCUGGCACGAAUUGCUCGUUUGACGUGAGCAAUAUGCGCAGCUCGAAUGACACAUCUACGGAAAAAGGGUGCGCCGCGGAGCGCAACGCUGGAUCGCGUUCCAGCUCGCCGAGUGUUUCGGCGUACAGUGCGCUGCCCAAGCAGACUGAGCUCGAUACGUUCUGGGCCAGGUUCGCACUUCCCAACUUGCCGCCCACCAUUGCCACGCCCAACGAGGUGCCUAUUGUGGGGUUCUCGUACGGGGAUACCAUGCUCGGCACUCGCACGAUCCCACUCCCCGACCCCAGCUCUUUUGCGCCGCCGUCCAUGGACAACGGCAUGUUUGACACAUCAAUGCUACUGCCAUCAAAAGACCGCAUAUCAUCAACACAGUUCGAUUUUACUUCGAACUCGUACGAUUCAUAUACUGAUGAUUUUAUCAAGACUUUCGAGUCGCUCACGCAAGAUUCUAUACCGAUCGACGCAAGCGAGCUCGAUGCGGACGAUUUUGAUGACGUCCCGCUGGAAACUAGCGAAGCGCCCGAUGCGCUGGACGACGUCGAGGUCGACGCACACCCAUAUGCAAUGUACUAUACAAAUGCGGCAGAGCCAGAGAGCGUGCAGGACUCGGGCAUGCAGAUCGUCCUGGAGCAGGAACAGGCGCCGAACACGCCGAAAAAGCGUGGCGUGCAGUGGACAUCGCAGGACCGGAAAAACCGCGUCCUGGUCCACCAAAUCUCUGUGCUCAGUCUGCUGGCCGCUGCGCGGAUGCGAAACCAAUGGUGCAAUGAUAUAGAGCUGCGUGAUACACUGCAGGAUAUGGUGCCCGAGCAUCUUGUACAGAAACUGUUCGCCAUCCACCCUCGCCGCGAGCCAGAACGGCGCGAGCGCGUGCGUAUGUUUGAAGGGUUUGUGCACGACCUUGUGCAGUGGUGGGCAAGUCGGUUUCGGCUCACCGACGUCAGUGCUGCGGCAUGGCGGCAGCCGAGUCAGGAACUGCUGUGUGGCAAACACCUGCCGCCCGAGACAUGGGUAGAUGGCUGGAUCACCGAGUCGCCUGCGGCACGCAUGAAACGGCAACGACAGGUGCGAAAAAGCAAGUCGCGCGGCGCAAUGGAAAUAGCCAUCUUUCCGCCCGGCGCUGCGGCUGCGACGCCGACGUACUUGCGCCUCUUGCCCCCUCCAGACGCACACUCGCUCCAACGCACCGUUGCGGCGGCCAAGAAAAUGGCUGGCUGUCGCGAGACGAGCGCGAUACUCUUCUGUGCCAUGUGCCGAGCACUGGGCGUCCCUGCGCGCCUUGUCGUCUCUCUUCAGCCUCCGCCCGCCUCGAUUGGCGCCGCAAAAUCACAAGGCACACGGAAGCCUGCGCUGGCGCAACGGUCCGAAGAGGUUACGACCAGCGACGAGGACGAUUUCGAACCUUUGGUGCGCCUCCGCGGCUCCCGUGCCCUCGAGCUGGAACGCGCACAGGGCGCGAAACCUUACUAUAUCGAGCCCGUCGAUACACGCACGCCGCCCACCGUCUGGGUAGAACUCUUUAGCAAGCCGUACCAGCACUGGAUCACAGUCGAUCCCGUCCGCGCCCUUGUGCGCCCCACUGGAAACAAGCACAUGGAGCCGCUUGCGACGAAUCGGCAGAACAAGCUUAUGUACGUGGUCGGAUUCGAAGAGGAUGGGUACGCGCGCGAUGUCACUGCGCGAUACACACGCGUCCUAAAUUCCAAAGUCGUCCAGCAGCGUCCCGAGGCGCCGGGACGCACGAAAGGACACGGAGUACAGGAAUGGUGGCCGAGUGUUGUGCGUGCAUUGCACCGGCCGCAGAAACUGGACCGUGACGCGGCGGAGGACGCGGAGCUGCAGGAUAAUGCAGCGCGCGAGCCGAUGCCAUCCAGUGUGGGCAGUUUCAAGAACCAUCCUGUGUACAUACUCGAUAAAUUUCUCCGUCGCGACCAAGUGAUUCACCCGCCGAACCGAGUGGGAACAUUCCAGGGCAUGCCCGUGUAUUUGCGUGCGAAUCUCGUGCACUUGCAAUCUGCGCGCCAAUGGUACAAUGAAGGGCGGACUAUUAAGGAAGGCGAGCACGCUUUAAAGUGGGUAAAAACGCGCGGCUACACACUGUACAACAAGCGUGUGGAAGAGCAGGCUAUGACAGAGCAUGGCCAAGUGCCCACGGAAGGACUAUAUGCAUACACACAAACGACGCUGUAUACCCCGCCGCCCGUGCAAGACGGCAAGGUGCCAAAGAAUGCGUUUGGAAACGUGGACUUGUACGUGCCUUCGAUGCUGCCGGCUGGUGGUGUGCAUAUUGCACACACAGCUGCGGCAAAGGUGUGCCGUUCACUCGGCGUCGCGUAUGCGGACGCGGUCGUUGGAUUCGAGUUCCGCAAGUUUCGUAGUAUACCCCGGAUGCUUGGCGUUGUGGUGCCGUCGGAGCAUGCUGCCAGCGUGUGGAAAGCAAUUGGGCACGCUGCGGAACAGGAAAAGCGUGCCGAGCUGCAAAAGCGGCAGGCGCGCGCGCUCAAGGGAUGGAAACACUUGCUUACCGCAUUGACAGUAGCGCGGCAUAUUGAGGAGCAGUACCGAGCGCCGCAGCAAGCGGCGCCGUCGGAAAAAAAGCGUGUGCUGAACGAGGCACAGGCAGAACGACAGCUGCGCGACGACGUUCCAGCGCUCAAGCCAAUGUGCGCCAGCCCUUUAGUGCCGCCGCCAAGCCCGCCGCCAAGCCCGCCGCGCGAAAAGUCAAUUGUCUCGCUGGACGAGCUCAUGGCCAAAGAGGAUGCACGGCCAAGUAAACGACGGAUCGUGGUGCGUCGGAGCACGCCCGAGGUACGUCCUGCGCGCAAAAGCACACGGCGCGCAGCAGCAAAUGCGCGCGGAAAUAUACGCUACAUGGACGACUAG